AUGGCUUCAAGUGACAACCGUUAUUCCGUUUAUGUUGGCAACUUGCCCCCGAACACUAUACAGGGACAUUUUGACACCAUAUUUGAGGGGUGUGAUAUAGCUAGUGUUAGGCUAGUACGAGACAAAGAGACGGAUGAAUUCAAAGGAUAUGCUUACGUUGACUUCAAGGAUGAACAGUCUCUCAAAAAUGCGUUGACUGUCGAUGGUUCCAUUGUUGAAAACCAUUGCAUCCGUGUAAACCUAGCGCAUGAAAGGCCUGGACGUGGCGGGGGUGGAGGCCGUGGUCACGGUCAUGGAGGUCAGUGGGGCAUGAACAAUGGAUUUGGGCGUGGUGGCUUCGGUAAUCAACAACGUGGCAGACCUAGUAUGGAUGGCGGAAGAAUGGCAGAAAAUUUUGGUCGACCAGGUCGAGGUGGAAUGGGUGGUCGUGGUGGACAACGACAAAGUUAUCAUCCCCCUGGAAUCCCACGUGAACAGCUGCAAGAACCUAGCAGAACAUUUCCUGAGUCGAAACCCGAUGAAUUAAGCGGUGAUGGUCAAGGUGCCGAUCGACCACGACUAAAUCUGAAACCUAGAACUACUCCUGUAAACCCGGAUGACGGUCGCCAACUAACAGAGCGUGCCCGGUCAAUCUUCGGAACUGGGCGUCCCAGGGAGGCCAGCCCAAUACGUGAAGAUCCUGCUGACAAAGGGGUAACUUCAGAAGAAAAGUGGUCUGGCUCCAGCUAA